CUGAAAUAUAUAAUUUGAAACAUUCGUUUUAAAUAUAUUUACAAAGUCAUGAAGAUCGAUGGUACUUGAAGAUAUUUGAAUUCAGAUUACUAAUUGAAUUCAGUGUCGAACUUAGUGUUAAACUCAAUCGACGGAAUAAUGUCGAUAAUAUCAACGUGUAAAUUGUUUUCGAUGUUUAAACUCGAUAACUAAACUCGAGUAAAUCAGCGGAUUAACCUACGUGAUUAAAUCAGAGACUAAAGAAGAAGUCGGAUUAAAGAAGAAUCAGUUCCAUCUGGAUUGCGGUGGAAAAAUGCGUCUCUUCAUGGAAAUCUUUUUUGUUCUUCUCAUAGGGGGUAUCGCAGCUGAAUGGUCGAUCAGCCCCCUGAUAAUAUACACAUCGCUACCCUAUUUGUCGUCCGAAUCGUCGAUCAACAAAGAGGCCGAUUGCACCGGUUGCGCGCAAAAUAAAGUCAAUGUGAUCGAUUCCGACCCGCUGUUGACCGAGUUGAGAGUGGAGUACGUGAAGCAGCAGAUUCUAAAGAAGCUGCGACUGUCAAAACCGCCCGAAGUCUCGAUGCCACUGUCGACCUUGCCUAAACCUUUAAUCAACGGCAAUGUGCUUCGACCCAAUUUAGAAAGACCGGCAGAGAACUUCUACGGAAAAACCAACCAGGUCGUCGUGUUUCCAAACGAAGGUGUAGCCGAUUCGACGAAAUAUCAUCAGAGCUCGAAUCACAUAACAGGAUUCAAUCCAGCGGUCUGUUUCACGUUCUACUUGCCGAACGAGAUGCUGUACGUCGACGUGACCUCGGCAGAGCUUUGGUUCUACAAGGAACAGGUCGAAAACAUCGAUGAGCUCAAACAAACAUUUGUGCUAUCUGAACUCGAUCACUGGGACCAGGGCGGCAGAUUCGAAAAGAACACCUUUAUGGCAAUCUUUGAGACCGAUAUCAAAGAGGGUUGGGUAAAGACAGACAUAAAGUUUAUGGUGAAGAAAUGGAUAGGUCGACAUCGAUUGAUCCACUCCAUUCAGAUAGCCUGCACAACCUGUUCGACCGAUCACAAUAAAGCGCCUGUGUCCAUCGAACAGACUCUGAAGCCGUUUCUAGUAAUCCACACGGAGCCGUUGCCACAGCGGAACAGGCCCAAGAGGCACUCGAAUUGCCUACCCGAGAUGACGGAGUGCUGUCGGGACGAGCUCUACAUUAAUUUCAGGGAUAUCGGCUGGAGCGACUGGAUCUUACACCCCACCGGAUAUCACGCGUAUUUCUGCCGAGGAUCUUGCUCCACGGCGGCAUCUUUAACCAUCAGCGGUUCCCAAUACAACAACGUCAUCAUGAAAUUAUUAACUAAGGAUGGACAACAAAAGAACAAGAUAAUGCCAUGCUGCUCGCCGACGCAGCUCGCUCCGCUCCAGCUACUCUACAUUGACACAAACAACACGAUCACACAGAAAACAUUGCCGAACAUGGUAGUAGAAGCUUGCGGUUGCAUGUGAUACCGCUGCCCCGAAGGCAGAGGGUAAGUAGAAUCACUACUGUUGCUGACGCUGAGAAGACGAGAACCAAUCUCAUGCCGUCUCGUCCGAGACUUUUGCUCGUGGUUAAUCGUUGUGAAACUGAACUUGGUUGAAUGCUCGCAAAAUCCGUUCAUCUUGAUAUGAACGUGAAGAAAUCGAUAAAAACGAAGCAACGAUCACCGCUUCGAGAUAGUAGGUGAUUAAAGAUAGGAGCACGCUAUUGUCACAUCACGCGAGUUCACUUUCUAUCGCGUUGCAUUAUAAAUAAUUAAUUCUUUAAUGUGU